AUGCUCUUUCAGACUCCGAGCCUCUUCGACGGAACCGUUGCCGACAACAUCAGGUUCGGGCCGAACCUCGAGGGUCGGCAGCUCCCAGACGAGAAGAUCCACGAGCUACUCAGUCUCUCCGGGCUCGAGCCGUCGUUCGCGGAGCGGGAUUCGCGGAGCCUAUCCGGGGGACAGGCGCAGCGCGUGGCGCUCGCGCGCGCACUGGCGAACGACCCCGAGGUGUUGCUAUUGGACGAGCCGACGAGCGCGUUAGACCCCGCGGCGACUCUUAAAGUGGAGCAAGCCGUGCAGACGCUGUGCCGCGAGCGAGGCCUGACGGCGGUUUGGGUUAGCCACAGCGCGGAACAGGUGCUGCGUGUGUCGCACUCGCUCGUGCUGCUGCACAACGGCGCCGUCGCCGACGCGCUGCCCACGGCGCUGCUGCGCUUGCCCAACGCGGCUCUGCACGCCACGCACCACCUCGUGCACGAUUUCCUGGGGGGCUUGCUCCAGGGCAGCGCGGACAGGGAGUAG